CCUCUGUACUUGACAUCUCAGAUCUCUGCAUCAGGCAUGAGGCAAAGACCUGCUCCCAACAAGAUGUGGCUGAUUUCUCUGGUUCUCUGUUCCUUUAUUGUGUUCACAACUCAGGAGUCAGAGUCCUCGGCACCUGUAGUGGACACUGAAUAUGGGAAAGUCCAAGGGAAACAAGUGAUACUACAACAAUUUGACAAAACGGUCAAUGUUUUCCUGGGAGUCCCUUUUGCCAAAGCCCCUCUUGGACCCCUGAGGUUUGCUCCACCACAGCCCCCUGAGCCCUGGGACUAUGUGAAGAAUACUACUACAUACCCGCCCGUGUGUGCCCAGGUUCAAAUUGGAGGGGAAAUAAUCGCAAAACUUUUCAGAAAUAACCUUGGCUUGAAAAAUUCUGAAGACUGUUUGUACCUGAACAUUUAUACUUCAGCUGACCUGACAACAAAGACUAAGUUACCUGUGAUGGUAUGGAUCCAUGGAGGGGCUCUUUUGGUGGGUGAAGCUUCAACUCUUACUGGUAUGUACCUCUCAGCUCUUGAGAAUGUUGUGGUGGUGGCCAUUCAGUACCGUCUGGGAAUCUUUGGAUUCUUUAGCACUGGAGAUGAGCAUGCCCGAGGGAACUGGGGUUACUUAGACCAAGUGGCUGCACUCCACUGGGUCCAGAAGAACAUUGGCUACUUUGGAGGAGACUCAAACUCAGUGACUAUCUUUGGUGUGUCGGCAGGAGGUAUCAGUGUUUCAGCAUUGGUUCUUUCUCCUUUGACCACAAACCUUUUCCACCGAGCCAUUUCCCAGAGCGGAGUUGCCAUUACAGAAUCUUUAUUCAGCUCUAACAUCAAACCAAUAGCUGAGAAAAUUGCAGGCCUUGCUGGGUGUAAAACAACCACUUCAGCCAGCAUAGUUCAUUGUAUGCGACAGAAGACAGAAGAAGAGAUUCUGAACACAACUCAAAAGAUGGAAUUAUUCACUCUGGAUUUCCUAGGAGAUCCCACACAGGUAAGCUAUCCUUGUUUUCCUAAUUAUUUGAGGCUUAAUUUCCUUAAAAUCCAGUUAACACAAGGAAGUUGCAUUUUAUCUUUUGCUCUCAUUAUAUUUGCAGAGCAUUCCCCAGAAGAAGAGAAACAACUUAGCAGGAAAAUGAUGAAAUACUGGGCCAACUUUGCUCGGAAUGGAAAUCCCAAUGGUGAGGGCCUGCUAAACUGGCCUGUAUAUGAUCAGAAUGAAAAUUACCUUCAAAUUAAUGUCAACAUGAAGACAGCCAAGAAGCUAAAAGAGAAGGAGGUGGCAUUUUGGACUGAACUCACAGCAGAGAAGCCAGUUGAUGUGCAUAGAGAGAAUAUAGAGCUAUAAUGUGGAAAUAUCUGCUAUGUCUCCUUCAUGGUAAACUCAAUAAGAAGAUAUUCAAAUUUG